AUGGACAGGAACAAUAAGCUCUGUUGCCUCUGUCUUAUAUUUUCUCCCAACCCACUCUUCUCAGACAGCAAACUUCUCUUUUACAAACUUAAUUGUUGCAUAGAAGGACAUUUGUGCCCACAAUACUGAAUAUAUAAGCAUUUGGAUUAAUAGUUGAUGCACUGACCAUUUUUACCAGCAAAGACAGAGGUAAGAAAUUAAACAUCAAGAAAAUCACUUAAGAAUUGGCUACAGUCUCUAAUGUAAUAAUAACUGGCCGAAGGAUCAACCAUUUGGGAGAAAAGUUUAAAAAAAAAACACUCUCACAUCUGGCUGCCAUUAUUUCUCAUCUUCACUGCUAGCCCCUGUAGUGGAUGGAUGGACAUCAUGAUGGAUUAUUACAAAGUUCUGGACAUUCCCCAAAGUGCCUCCAUGAAUGAUAUUAAACGAGCGUACCGGAGUAAAGUGCUCAGAUGGCAUCCAGAUAAGAAUCCAGAGAACCGAAAAGAAGCUGAGCAGAAAUUCAAGGAGAUUGUUGAAGCUUACAAAGUCCUUUCAGAUAAAAAAAAUGGAGAUGAGAAACACUUAUCAGUAUUUGAUCAGGAUGGCAUCAAAAUAUUCUUCACAAGACAGCGUUCCUCUUCCGAUUUUUCUGUAUCAUUCUUCAGUGCCCCUAAAAGAUUCCACCACUUUUCCAUCAUGACUGCUAUCAUCAAUGGCAAAAAGAUCACAACCAAAAGGCAUCUUGAGAAUGAAAGCAAGUACUUGGAAGUUGAAGAAAAUGGGAAGACGGUAUCUAUCCAUGUAAAUGGGAUUCCAGUUUAUGACAGAGAAUUUAAUGGAUCAGUAGGAAGUUUGGCUUCAGCUUGCAGGCUGGACAAGGGACGCUAUCGUCCACACAGGCGGCGUUUCUGGACUUAUGAAAAACGGCAGUGGGCUGAUGAAUGGCGGCAGUGGGCAAGUAAAUGGCGGGACUGGGCUGAAGAGUGCCGUGAAUGGGCUGAAGGAAAGAACAAGACAAAAAAUCAGGAUAAUGCUGGGCAUCACCAGGCAAAUGCAACAGAACAUCCAAAAGCUAGUCAAGAGCAUCUCAAGUCAGACAAGAAUUGUCCUAGGCCAGGAGGAAACCUUCAUGGAUUUCCCAUGCCGGGGGAGGGGAAAUGUGAUUCAAAAGAAGGCCAUAGCAAAACAAAUAAAGGAUCACCUCAAUCAGAAGAGGAACACUUCAAGCCAGAUACAGGAUACUUUAUUUUUCCAAAACCAGGUGAGAAAAGUCCUCAGAUGGAUGAAGGGCGUCCUAAGUCAAGCAAGAGGCAACCCAAACCAGAGGAAGGGAACAUUUUGCGAAAUGUUGGUAUUGCUAAGUCAGGGGAUGGACCUGCAAAUCAGGAUGAGGGACAUCAUAGAACAAAAUAUGGGAAGCCAAAGUCAGAAGAUGGUCAGGCCAGGCCAGGGAAAGUGCAUCUUGGAUUACAGAAGUCAGACCAAGAAUUUCCUAGUCCUAAAAAUUCAGAUCCCAAGGGCACUGCCACUCCUAGGAAACACAUUUCUGAAUGCAACUCUCAGGCUGAGACAGGUGAACCCCACACUGAGAAACAGGAGCCAGAGUCUGAAGGUAACAAGAGUCAUGCUGUGAACCUUGAAAAGAAAAAUCUAAAAGAUGAAAAAUUGGAAAUAGAAGUCCAGAAAGAUGGGAUUCCAUUAGAGUCUGAAUCAGAGAAGAGAAUCAAACUAAAUGUUCAAGAGAUAAAGUAUUGUCUUGAUCCCAAACAGACUUGUGAAGGACAAAUGUCUGGCUAUAGUGCGACAAGGUUGUCCCUGAAAAGGAAAGAGCUCCAAAUUCAGACAAGAAAACUAUAUGUCAAAAGAAACAAGUCUCAGGUUAGGACCAAAAUACCCUACAGCUUUAGGAAGAACAAAUCUCAGGCAGGAAAACACAGGAGUCCUGAUGGGCAUAAUAGAAGAGAGUUGGACGGGAGAUUCUACUUUAAUGAACGCAUAGAGACGAUUCCUGUUGGAAAGAAGUCACCUGCAGGUAAUAGAUAUCUUUUCACAAAUAGAAAGAAAGCCCCCCUCCCACCCCUCCCAAAAGGUGAAACUCCUUCCCAGGCAAAAAAGAGACUGCCCAGAAGAAGGGCAUAUCCCUCAUUUGACGUUCAGAGUGAAAAGCUUCAUUCUACUUCUGAAGCCAGGCAGCCUUUGAGCACACAUGGCCAACAGCAAAGGAAGAUGACGAAAUUGCCUUGGGUCAGUGGACACCUUCCAAGUAUUCAGGGUCGGAAGCUUGGAAUGAAUCAGUUCCCAAUUAUGAAUCGUUGACCAUUUGAUGGGUGCAAUCAAGCUAGCAUUGAGCAAGGUCGAUUUCUGUGGUUCACAACUUGUGAACAUCCAGAUUUCUGUAUUCCAAGCGGGUGAUGCAGAAUACUACAUUGUUGGGCUUCAACAGAAGGGAGAGUUCUAAGAGUUAAUGGUCAGUGAAGGAGGUAUUUUUUUCCCCCAAUAAAGGAAAUUAAAUGUAA